CAUUGUUCACCGUUGAAUUGUGCAACGGUGGUGAAUACCCAAAUGACAUUUUCCGAAGAUUUCAUAUUGACCUCUCACUAUUUUUGAGUACUUUUUGCCGUUGCGGUGAGUGAUUUUAUCAAUGUGUUGGUGUUGAUUAUGCCGACCGGGCGACCCGAAUGUAAUUCCGGAGUAAUUACUCCGGUUUAUAGCCGUUGCCACCAAAUUUUAAUCCUAAGUCAUCAAUUUUUGUCUCGAGGGUACCUAUUUUUUACAGCGCGCAACGAAUUUUGUCUGUAAAGCAUCAAUUUUAGCCAGUGCACACCAAUUUUUGACUGUAAGUCAUUAAAUUUUGUUACAUAACAACAGCGUGACCAGAUUGUUUUCUUCGUUAUCGGUAGGAAAGCUAAAAAAUUAAUCGGUAGUUGUCCGUAUGAUCCUAAUUCUGUUCAGCUCAUGUUCUCUUCAGCUAAUACGUGUGACAGUGAUAACACUAAGCUAUGUCGCGUUCGGAUAAAUAUCUUGCGCUGUGUAUGUUGGACGCCAUCGAAGAUGCCAACAUUGGGGACGUGCAACUACUGCUCGUUAAACACAGUGCAAAUCCGAACACGAUCGUGCUGGCCAAAGAUGAAGCACCUAUGCAUCUAGUGAUCGGAGCGGACGAUGAAUCGUUUGCCGCAAAAGCCACCUCGCUAAUGUUGGAACACGGUGGUGAUGCCAAUCUGCCGACGGUCGAACAGUUGCUAACCCCACUUCAUGUGGCCUGCAAUCUUGGGCGCGUUACAAUCCUGCGAAUGUUCCUGAAAGCGGGCGGCAAUGUGGAACUACAGGACGAGGAAGGCCGUACACCGAUUCAGCAUGCUAUCGACGAGGGUCAUUACGAAGCGCUGGAGGUGAUACAGAACCACGUAUUUGAAAAGAAGAUGGAGCGUAAGCGGCAACAGCUCUUGCUCGAACAGCAACGGCAGUUGAAUCAAAACAAUCUUUUGCUGCCGGCAACUCUACUUAAACCUUCAACUUCCCUAAAGGUGCUUGAAGAGCGUGCCUUCACCCCAAAUAAAAUUCACUACAAUUUUGACGCUAUCAGUCCGUACUACGUGAACAUUACGCGCCGGCGGAAGGAUCGAGCUCUUCGCCAAUACAACCUAAGGGUACUGGAGAAUGUAGGAUCAAUUGCCCGGCAUGAGCUAGAACUUUGUGCACCGUUGCGGAAAAUGAGCAAUACUGCGUCGAUUCGGGCGAUCUCGGAAGACGGUCGCGAAAUUGUCUCAGCACAAGAACUAAAAUAUCCGCCAUCAGUAACGGGAAGAACUGCGUCGUUAACUAGUGUUUCAACCACGCUUACGUUGCCUCCACUAGAUUACGAUACGGAUGUAUUGCGUGCAGAACUGACCACCUUCGGUGAGGCUCCCGGUCCAAUUACAAAAAGUACAAAAAAGCUUUACCUGCGGAAGCUCGUCUAAUUCCAGCGCCAUCCGGUAAUUUAUUUUUUGCACGAAUCAUUAACAUAUUUACCCGCUAUUCUGUUAGGUUACUCCGUCGAGUUGAUGGCGACGAUACGGAAAGAGGAUAUGUUCAAAAGGAUCGUUGAGCAACAGUGUCUGGAGCAGGAGAUGGCCUCCGAAUUUCAAUCGAGCACAGCUAAAGCAGUUCGCAAUUUCCGCGAGGGACAUCUAGACAAGAGCUUUAUUUAUCUGUUACUUGAUCCUUGCAUAAGCAACAACCUGCCAGCACAGCAAAAGCUUCUCCAGCCACUCGAGCUAUGGAAGCGUUGCCUAAGCUCAGUAUUUUACGUCGGUAAGGGUAAAAGUAACCGACCCUACUGCCAUCUGUACGAUGCAAUGAAGCUUUACCAUCACAAGAAAUGCCGGUCGGAAGACGAUUGUGACCGCAAUGUGGGUGAUUUGAUGGUUGCAGCAGAGAAAGUUGUGUUUCGAUCUAGCGAAGAGGAAUGUGUCAACAAGGUUAAUAAAUUUUGUGAGACCGGGAAGGUUUUAAAUCGCAAACAAAUGGCUGCUGACAGCAGGAAGCUCAUCGAUAUUUGGUGUGCUGGCAAGGGAGUUGUAUUUUUGCACAUCUUCCACAACAUCAUGCCGGCGGAGGCAUACACACGUGAGGCCGCCAUUAUAGACGCGUUUGGGCUACAAAAUUUGACUAAUCUGAAGCGGGGCGAUUAUUAGUCCACGUGCCUUUCGUGGCCAAUGAAGAAACGCAAGCAACUUGGAAUAUUGUUGCUGUACAAAGCGAUGCUCAUUCAUCUGGCCGAGGGUGAAACGCAACUGUUGCCAAAUGGUCUGUGAUUUGAGAUGAAAAAGAGAGCCUUUUUCCAACAGUCAGUUUGUAUAUUUUGUCUAUCAUGUCUAUUUGCUUAUACCGCAUUCCUAUUUUACUAAUAAAACUGAUUGAAAAUAUGAUUUUACGUGAAGGAGCUUACAAUGGAUAGGACUACAUUCAUCCUUCGUACGCUUCGUAGUAAUCCAUAACACAAUAAAAUCCAUGGCAUUGGUUAUGUUGCUCCAACAAAAAACAUUUAUUUAAAAAAAUCGUUUAUCAAAAACUUAUCGUAUAAUACUCCUAUUUUCCACCGGUAAUGUCUUUAAGAUUAACCAUAUCUGCAGCCGCAAUACACUUUUCUAUAACUAUCUGUUCGUUCUGCCGCUGAAGCGUUACUGAUGCACUUUGAUUUCUCAUACAACUAAACAAAAUCACCUAAAGCCAAUUCUGUUGUUGUUCUACAUAAUAGUACUGAUUUCCUAACUUACUCUCUUAGGGUCAUGCAUCCUCCUGACAGAAAUUUCAGUCCUUUCAUCGUUAAAUAAUAGACAAAAACACGACACACAAUUUUUUUUGUUGAUGUUCUUAAACUGAUUGUAUCUAACAAUAGUGCUUUUCAGUCCAGGAUGGAUUCGAAUUAGAGUACAACUAAAGAAGUGCACCGAUGAUCUAGAACUAUACCGAACCAGUUGUGUUGUAGUGAAACAAUUUUUUUUUUUUUUUGCUCGGUUAGAACGGCCUGGACGUAUCAAGACUUAUUUUACCACGUAGCAGGAUAGUCAGUCCAUGCUACGGGGAGACGGUCCGGAUGGGAUUUGAACCCGGUCCCUGCCGUGUGGACGGGCGCCGUUUUUCACAUGCACCACCGGGCCGCCCCUAUUUUCUUCAUUUAUUUGUAUUAAAAUUAUUAUUUAUUUACAAACCACCGAUUACAAUAUGUUGGCCACACUUUGGGCUAAUAGUUGCAAGAUUUUCCCGUGUGGUAUUUAGAUAAAAUAAUACUAAAAUUCAAUGACAAAAGCAAGGUAUUUUUCGCUACAAUGCUAUGCCUUGCUUUAGCUAUUUCCUCGCGGCCGCCCGUAACGUACUGGCUUUGGUUUUUAGCGAAUAACUAAAAAAGUUGAAGAGCUAGACGAAAAUGAUGUUCUACACAGUUGUAAAGAAUAACAUUUCGUAUCUUUUAAAGAUUUUUGCAGAUUUUUAAACAGUUAAUUAACCAUGUUAUUUUGGUUAAAUAUAUCGGAGAUUGCUUCAGCGUCACAAAUUUAAUUUUUAAAUUCUUUCAAACAUACGAUUUGGAUAAAGAUGUAAAGGACAGUGUUAAACUACUUAUGAACAAUUGUUUUUAAAAAUUUAGGGCUUUUGAACAGUUUUUAAAUUGAUCGUUCACUGCCUCUAGUCCCAUCGUGCGACACCUAAUCGACGCAUCCUUUUACAUUCAUAUUCUUUACCUAUGUACCCGAACGCAUCACUGGUACGCGAGUCGGUGUUUAGCCGGUAAACAUUUCUUGGCCAAGCAAUGGUUUGUGGUAUGACUCAAUUCUUGUCAGAGGUAUUCGGUUUCCCCUAGUCGCACCUACAUAACAUCCUGUGUUCAUUACCUGCCUACAACAACCAGUAACACCUUCCGCAUGCAUAGGCGCGUAGCGACAACGAACAGUGCUAGUUACCUGUCGUCUGUCUGAACGCUCAUGGGAAAAAAUUAGCACGUGUAGCAGCUACCUCGUAUUUCUGUGUGUUUAAAGAAAUUUUCCAUAAAACCACACCUUAAGGGUAGUUAAAAAGGUCCAAACAGCGUCUAAUAUUUUUUAUCGGAACGGCCGUAUGGUAGGAGACAAACCUGUCAUGCAAUAUUUUUCCCCAAAAAUAUCUAAAAGCACGAAAGAAUUAUUUUUUGCAUCAUACGUGCAGUGAAAUCCAUUCCGAUUCAGCUUCAUUUAUAUACGGUACACAACGUACCCCCUCAACGACUGGUCGGAUGGCGCAAAUGUAAGCAUGACUUUCUUCUACACCAAUUUCUAAUCCAAUGUUCUCUAUCAUUUCAGCAAAAGCUCCAAGGAAGUUGUAUGGGGAAAAAAGAUUCUCUCACGCUCUCACGAGAGAGUGAAUUUGAGGAACCCCCCUGGCGUUUUUAUUUUCUGGAAUUCAUUCAUUUUUUUGCUAAAAUCCGGCGUAGGUCCACACGCUACGAACGCUCGCGGGCGACUGAAGCGGGCGUGGCUACGCGGGGCUUUAUAUACCAACCCGGUUUGAGUGUGUGCGUGUGGUCGCUAAAUGUCUUCCUCCGGGACUCCGCGGUGGAUUCCGAACAGACCCGUUAGGGACCAUGAGAACAAAAGAAACUAGACCGCAUGAACUCGCUUUUGCAUGACUGGGUU